GGGAGUAGUCGUAUGACUGUUUCCGGGUUGCUGGGUGACCUUGAGCUUAAGGAGCGAAAUGGCGAGUAUCUGGAGGCUGAGUGUCUUCUGUGGUGCCCAAGGAGGCCGAGCUUUCCUCCGAACCCCAGUUGUCAGACCUGCUCAAAUCUCAGCGUUUUUCCAGGACCAACCUAUGCCAGGAUGGUGUGGAAUACAGCACAUUCACCUGUCACCCAGCCGCCAUUCUGGUUCAAAAGCUGCCUCUCUCCACUGGACUGGUGAGAGGGUUGUCAGUGUUUUGCUCCUGGGUCUGCUUCCAGCUGCUUAUUUGAAUCCUUCCUCCAUGAUGGACUACUCCCUGGCUGCAGUCCUCACUCUCCAUGGUCACUGGGGCCUUGGACAAGUUGUUACCGACUACGUGCAUGGUGAUGCAUUGCAGAAAGCUGCCAAGGCAGGCCUUUUAGCACUUUCAGCUUUUACCUUUGCUGGGCUUUGCUAUUUCAACUAUCAUGAUGUAGGCAUCUGCAAAGCUGUUGCCAUGCUGUGGAAGCUCUGACCUUUUUGACUUAAUACCUUGAGAAUCGAUUAUACACCUCUUUGCCUCUGCUCUGUCAUGCCAUUGACCUCACAAACAGGAGGAAAUAACAGAUAAAUCCAUUGGUGAGAUACACCUCCUCAUCACCUGAUUAGUUUUGGAGUUUAAUCUGUGAGGCAAAGGUUUGAGAGGGAAUUGUAUCCAAGAAAUUGUGAGACUGACUUUCAUAUUCUGGUGAGUUACUAAGGUUGUCUUCCCAGCCUCCCACAAGAUUCACAGUGCAACUGAACAUUAUAUACGAGCUUUUGCAUUUUAAUUUAUCAAACUCUUGAAGGGAAUUCAGGUUUAUUACUGUCAAUACCUGAUCAAACUGCUAUAUUUGCCCUGGGAGAGAUGGAUAAAGGGAAAACUGUUAAUUCAUAAAUAAAGACAGCAGAAAGUUAGGCAGCACCUGAUGUUUGAAAACUUCCCUUUUGUUCAAUUGAUAGCCAGUCACUGAUGCUUACACGUCUUUGGGAAUCUUUAAAGUUUGGGCCCUGGCUGGUGUAGCUCAGUGGAUGGAGUGCAGGCUGCGAACCAAAGAGUCACUGGUUCGAUUCCCAGUCAGGCACAUGCCUGGGUUGUAGGCCAGCUCCCCCAUUGGGGGCCACGUGAGAGGCAGCCACACACUGAUGUUUAUUCUCCCUUUCUCCCUCCCUUCCUCUCUUUCUCUAAAAAUAAAUAAAUAAAAAUUUAAAAAAUUUAAAGUUUGGAGAUGCUGAUAUUUCACAUUACUAAUUUCUAAAUUCUGGAAAACAGCCUAGAGAGCUUCUGAAUAUAGAGAACUUCCAUGUAGGAAACAGGUCCCUUGUAUCAAAAUAUUACAGAUUCUAAACUGAAACUUAAUCCUCAGAUGUAUUAAUUUUACUUGUCCUGAAAUGUCUACAAAUAUAAAUUGUUAUUUUCCCACUGAGACUCUUUAAUGUGAAAUAUAUUAUAUGAAAAUAAAGGUUUUAUAAAAUAA